AUGCACUGGAGCUCCGCUGCAGCUCUUGCGCUGGUCGCUCCGGCGUCAGCCCUGCUUCGAUUCGGCUGUUCUCAGUUGGUCGUUGAGCGAACCGAUCCCCUCGUCAACCCCGGCGUGGCACCAUCUCCGCAUCUUCAUCAGAUUAUCGGUGGUAAUGCCUUCAAUAUUUCCAUGGAAGCCGCUGCCGGUGAUAUCGCCAAGAAGGCGACUUGCACAACUUGCCAAUUCUCCGAAGACUUUUCCAACUACUGGACAGCAGUGUUGUUCUUCAAGGCGAGAAAUGGAAGCGUCCAUCGAGUACCGCAGAUUCCUAACGCCGGCUUCGAAGGUUCCAAUGGUGGCAUGACUGUGUAUUACAUGCAAGACGGCCUGGUCAACUACCAGCAAACUUCCAAGGUGACGGCGUUCAAGACUGGCUUCCGUAUGCUCAUCGGCGAGGCCAUGUACCGCAACCGAGCCCAGGCAUCCAAGUUCCGUCAAAUCACCUACACCUGCCUCAAGACUUUUGGCACGCGUUAUCCCGAGACAAUGGAUUUCCCCAAGGAGCCAUGCAACUUCGGAAUUAUGUCCAACGUUCGUUUCCCAACCUGUUGGGACGGAAAGAAUCUUGACUCUCCCGAUCACAUGGCGCACAUGUCAUAUCCCGAGUCUGGAACCUUCGAAGGCGGUGGUCCUUGCCCAGCUUCGCACCCAGUGCGUGUGCCUCAGCUCAUGUACGAGGUUAUCUGGGACACAAGGCAGUUCAACAACAAGGACUUAUGGCCCGAGGAUGGGUCUCAGCCUUUCCUGUGGUCGAUGGAUGAUUCGACUGGCUUCGGAUCGCAUGGUGACUACAUGUUUGGCUGGUUGGACGACUCGCUACAGCGUGCCAUGGACAGUCCCUGCUACGUCAACUGCCCGACUCUCAAGAGCCAGAGCAUCUCGGCGAUGAACCAGUGCUCGGUACCGACCGUGGUCGACGAGCCCAUCAAUGGCUGGCUCAAAGCACUUCCCGGCGCUGCGGAGGAAUCUUAG